AUGCUUUGGCGCUCGUUCGACCCGCCGUCACUGACAGUACUGCAGACGACAGUUCGUACCGCUGUCGACUUCCUGUUCGGGCGUCUGGAGAAACUGCACGGCCGGAUAUUGGUGUGCCGCGCCUUUGGAUAUCUUACCUUAGCAAAUAACGGAAUCACCGUGGCGGAGCUUGAUGACGUGUUGUCCUGCGAUGAUGACGUAUUGAAUGACGUCUACACCUACUGGACGCCGCCCAUGCGCAGACUGCCCCCUCUACUUCUCGUGCGCAUACGGACGGACAUCGACCAAUAUAUCGUUGAACGCGGUAUAGAAGGUGCGCGCGUGUUGAACUGGUACCACCGUCAGUUUACGGAAGCUGCGCACGAGCGCUACUGCGUUAAAGAUGCGCUGAACAAGCGUCUCCAUGGCAACCUAGCUGAUUUCUUCGCGGGAACCUGGGCUGAUGGAAGAAAAAAGCCGUACACGAACGCUAAAGGGGAGGUAACAGAAGAGGACCGCUAUGUGACGUCACAGCCCCUUCGCUUCGGAGAGGAUGACUACAACAUCCGGGCUCUCAACAAUAUGCCCUAUCACCGCUUGCACGCGGGUCACGUUGACCUUCUCAAGAAGGAGUGUCUCGCCAACGUGCACUUCUGCGUUGCUAAGUUACACGCACUUCCUGUUGAGGCGCUCUUAGACGACUUCACGGCGGCCAAAGCGGCGUUCCCGGGGGAACCCCUGAUCAAGUGCAUUCUGGAGGCGCUUCUGCUCUCCCGGAAGGGGCUGCAGACGGAUCCGGUUCAGUUCGUGCCUCAGCUACUUGGGCGCCUGGAGGACAACGAGACAACAGCCGACUUCAAGCAGCGCUUACGCAAGUUCAGCUCUCAUGUGUGGUUUGAGCCCGAUGUCAACAUCCUAGAGCGUCCCGGGGGUCAGCUGCUUCACAGCAUCCACGUGCACACGUCCGACAUUGACAUGAUGACGAUGACGUCAUGUGGAACUUACGUCAUCACUGUCUGCCAGGGUUUGAAGGAGAUCAAAAUCUGGAACAUAAAGGUCGACCCUCCGCGGUUGCUACGCAACGUGACGGGUAAAGGUCAGUGCCGAAAGGUGGCGUUUUGUCAUGGCGACGAAUGGGUCGCCAUGGAAGUGGAUAACGUAAUCAAAGUAGAAGAACUCCAAACAGGAAAACAAUGUAUCGACAUACCGUUUAAAGGCAUUGGUGCGGCAAAAGCGUUCUGCGCUGCCGGUAAACGCAAGGAUACGAUCGUCACGUUAUUUGGAAAACAAGUGAACAUAUAUGACGUCACAAACGGUAGCCUGCUGCAGACUCUUACGUCAUCGAGUGAAGAAGCUAAAUUUGGAGCAAUGAGCAACCCGUCAGGUCGAGACAGAUACGUUGGUAUGACAACCGACGAUCAAUAUUUCCUGUGUGUCCUUCACCUAGAUUCCAUGACCUUGAUGCCCGCGUGGCGAGGCUUUCAGUUCGAUGGUAUACGAGCGUUUAUUGAAUUACCAAUAGGGACUUUUGACAUCACCCCCGACGAAACUCAAAUUGCGUACACCUCAGAGUACGGAAAUCGCGAAAUCGUGUUCGCAGAUUUCAAUGGCAACCGUCUUCGCUCUACUCAACUGGAGCUCAACAUCCUAAGUAUAAACUUCACUGCCGACUGCAGAUGUAUCUACUAUACAUGCGACAGAUACGUCGUCUUCGUCAACUAUUCCACACUGCAGGAGGAAGAUCGUCUUGAACACAAACAUGAAGUGCUUGGCGCGCGCACCGUUGACAGUGUAACGGUGGUAACGAUUGCAAAAGACAACAACCUCAGGGUGUGGGAUCGAUCCCGGAACAAAAAGAGAACCACGCAUAAGCAGACCAGGACACUGGACCCUAUAGAUGACCUCGGGAAGUGUAUUCCGCUUGGCCACCAGGAGGCGCUUUUCGUGACGGAUGGGUGUUCGCGUUUCGUCGGCUUGUAUGAUGUCGGCAGACUUGAGUACCGCGCCGUCAGAGAACUAGAAGUAGUUGGCAAUGCAGACGUAUCAUUUUUCAAAGCAGACAACAGAUCAGUGGUCAUGUUCCUUAACCGGAAGGUGUACUUGUUCGACCUUGAAAAGAUGGACGUCUGCAUCGUGUUUCCGGGUGUUGUCUCGAAACAGAGUGUUUGCAUCGUGACCAAAAGGAAGCAACUCCUCGUGACGUCACGUGGUGGCAAGAACGUGAAACUGUACAACGUCACAAACGGCUGCGUUGACGCCAUAAUAAAGACUGGACACGCGAAGAAUAUCAACAAAGUUGUGGUAAACGAGCCGGGAACGCUCGCCGCAGUGAGUGUGGGCGAGCGACACAUAGUGUUGAUGGACCUUGUUACCCACUCUCUCAUGUAUGAGAUAUCAAACCGUACGUACAUGGGAGACGCCAGAAUCUUAACCUAUCAGAAUAAACUGACAUUUAAAUUCGCUUAUUCCACCUACAUGUUGUUUACCCGAGACAGCGCGCGCUUUUUCUACAACACAUGCACAUGCUUGGAUUCCGUGGAUGAGCGCACAGACGAUGUAGAUCAUCUCAUCUGCUGGGACUUAGAACAAAAGAAAGAAAUUUUUGAGCUGUGUGACAGAGAGACAGAGGCAGAGUACGAGAAAGUUAAAAAUAACAAAAGUACGUGCAUGAGAGAUGUUUAUCGUCUUGAUGAUGACCGCAUUAUGACCACGUGCCUCGACAAUGUCGUCCGAGUGUAUGACGUCAAAACAGGCAAGUUACUCCAUCGACUGACGGGCCACAAGACGAAUGUGGAGGUAGAGCUGAGUGACGUUACGGCGUACUUCCUGACGUAUGGUAGGCUCCAGGAGGAGAACUGCAUUUUCAUGUGGGAUAAAGCCACGUGCUCGAGGGUCGCCACCUUCACGCUGGAUGAGACGGUCCACACCCUCCACUGGAGCGAUGAUGGAACGUUUUUCUACACGACCAGAAAUGUCGUUUUGGAAAAACAUAACUAUGUACACAAAUUUCCUGACGUCAUCACGUGGACUAUUCACCAUGGACACAAACCCACAUCGAGGCCUGAGGCUAAACGCUGUCCUCCGUUAUAUUCAACCGAAGCCAUCCUGUCCCCUCUGACUAUCAACGCUCCUAACAAAGUCGAGAAGGGCUACCAACCGGAAGUGGGAGAUCCCGACACGGACGAUGAAGACUUUGACGAUUAUUUCGGGUGAGGUGGAUGGCGAGGACAAGUGACGUCACAGACGUAAUGACGUAGGCGAAGGCGAGGCGAGGAGACGCGAUAGACACCAUAACAUAGAAGAAAAUCUGUUGAAGUUAUAAUCAGUACGAGUAAUCUCUAAAACAAUCUGCGUUGAAAUGUAUUCUUUGAUUUCGUAAUAACUUUGUUACUAAACCAUGACGUGAACAAC